AUGCGGGUCCGGGUCGGGCUGACGCUGCUGCUCUGGGCAGUGCUGCUGGGCUCGGCCUUGGCGUCCUCGGAUGAAGAAGGCAACCAGGAUGAAUCCAUAGAUUCCAAGGCUUCUGUGCCGUCAGAUGAGUCGGUGGAGAACCACAGCCCAGCAGGCAGAGUAAUCGCUGGUCAGAUAUUCCUUGAUUCAGAAGAAUCUGAAUUGGAAUCACCUCCUCAAGAAGAGGAAGACAACCUCAGAAGCCAAGAAGGGGAAAGCAUCGCAGAAGAAAUCAGCUUUCUAGAAUCUCCAAACCCAGACAACAAGGACUAUGAAGAGCCGACGAAAGUACGGACACCAGCUCUGACCGCCAUUGAAGGCACAGCGCACGGGGAGCCUUGCCACUUCCCUUUCCUCUUCCUGGAUAAGGAAUACGACGCGUGCACCUCGGACGGGAGGGAAGACGGCAGACUGUGGUGUGCCACCACCUACGACUACAAGGCGGACGAAAAGUGGGGCUUCUGUGAGACUGAAGAAGAGGCUGCAAAAAGACGGCAAAUGCAGGAAGCAGAAGUGAUGUACCAGACCGGGAUGAAAAUCCUCAACGGCAGCAACAGGAAAAACCAGAGGAGAGAAGCUUAUCGGUAUCUUCAGAAGGCAGCAAGCAUGAACCACACCAAGGCCCUGGAGAGAGUGUCCUAUGCUCUUUUGUUUGGUGAUUACCUGACACAGAAUAUCCAGGCAGCGAAAGAGAUGUUUGAGAAGCUGACCGAGGAAGGUUCCCCCAAGGGACAGACUGCUCUUGGCUUUCUCUAUGCUUCUGGACUUGGUGUUAAUUCAAGUCAGGCAAAGGCCCUUGUUUAUUACACUUUCGGAGCUCUUGGGGGCAACCUAAUAGCCCACAUGGUUUUGGGUUACCGAUACUGGGCUGGCAUCGGAGUCCUCCAGAGCUGUGAAUCCGCACUGACUCAUUAUCGUCUUGUGGCCAAUCACGUUGCUAGUGAUAUCUCGCUGACGGGAGGCUCAGUGGUGCAGAGAAUAAGGCUGCCUGAUGAGGUUGAAAAUCCAGGAAUGAACAGCGGAAUGCUCGAGGAAGAUUUGAUUCAGUAUUACCAGUUCUUAGCUGAAAAAGGGGAUGUACAAGCCCAGGUUGGUCUGGGACAACUGCACCUGCAUGGAGGCCGUGGAGUAGAACAAAACCAUCAGAGAGCAUUUGACUACUUCAAUUUAGCAGCGAAUGCUGGCAAUUCCCAUGCCAUGGCCUUCUUGGGAAAGAUGUAUUCAGAGGGAAGCGAUAUUGUACCUCAGAGUAACGAGACGGCUCUUCACUACUUUAAAAAGGCUGCUGACAUGGGCAACCCCGUUGGACAGAGUGGGCUUGGAAUGGCUUACCUCUACGGGAGAGGAGUUCAAGUUAAUUAUGAUUUGGCACUGAAGUAUUUCCAGAAAGCUGCUGAACAGGGCUGGGUGGACGGGCAACUGCAGCUUGGCUCCAUGUACUAUAAUGGCAUUGGAGUCAAGAGGGAUUACAAACAAGCCUUGAAGUAUUUUAACUUAGCUUCCCAAGGGGGCCAUAUCUUGGCUUUCUACAACCUGGCUCAGAUGCAUGCCAGCGGCACUGGUGUGAUGCGAUCAUGUCACACUGCAGUGGAGUUGUUUAAGAAUGUGUGUGAACGGGGCCGGUGGUCUGAGCGGCUCAUGACCGCUUACAACAGCUACAAAGACGGAGACUACAACGCUGCUGUGAUCCAGUACCUCCUGCUGGCCGAGCAGGGCUAUGAAGUGGCGCAGAGUAACGCAGCCUUCAUCCUAGACCAGAGAGAAGCGACCAUCGUAGGUGAGAAUGAAACGUAUCCCAGAGCGUUGCUUCACUGGAACCGGGCGGCCUCACAAGGCUAUACUGUGGCUAGAAUCAAGCUUGGAGACUACCACUUCUAUGGCUUCGGCACGGACGUGGAUUACGAGACGGCGUUUAUUCACUACCGUCUAGCGUCUGAGCAGCAGCACAGUGCGCAGGCCAUGUUUAACCUGGGCUACAUGCAUGAGAGGGGACUGGGCAUUAAACAGGACAUUCACCUUGCAAAGCGCUUCUAUGACAUGGCAGCCGAAGCCAGCCCAGAUGCACAAGUACCAGUCUUCCUCGCGCUCUGCAAGUUGGGCGUGGUCUAUUUCUUGCAGUACAUACGGGAGACAAAUAUUCGAGACAUAUUCACCCAACUUGAUAUGGACCAGCUCUUGGGACCUGAGUGGGACCUUUACCUCAUGACCAUCAUCGCGUUGCUCUUGGGAACAGUAAUCGCCUACAGGCAGCGGCAGCACCAGGACAUGCCUGUCCCCAGGCCUCCGGGGCCACGGCCGGCCCCGCCACAGCAGGAGGGGCCCCCAGAGCAACCGCCGCCGCAGUAA